ACAAGCCUCUGCCCCAACAAGAAGACGGUGUGACGUCACUUCCAGAUAUAUUAUUCCACCAUGGAGUCCAGCGGAGUGAAGCUGAGUUUCUGGGAGAAUGGACCACAACCGGGACAGUUCUACUCUCUGUCCGGGGGCACCAGGACCUCCUGCGGGCCGGUCCGACACACACUGAACCCGAUGGUUACCGGGACGUCGGUGCUUGGCGUGAAGUUCACCGGCGGCGUCAUCAUCGCGGCGGACAUGCUGGGCUCAUACGGCUCUCUUGCUCGCUUCAGGAACGUCUCGCGCCUCAUGAAGGUGAACGAUAACACCAUCCUGGGCGCCUCAGGAGAUUACGCCGACUACCAGCACCUGAAGCACAUCAUCGAGCAGAUGGUCAUCGACGAGGAGCUUCUGGGCGACGGGCACAGCUACAGCCCGAAGGCCGUGCACUCCUGGCUGACCAGAGUCAUGUACAACCGGCGCAGCAAGAUGAACCCGCUGUGGAACACCGUGGUGAUCGGAGGCUUCUACAACGGGGAGAGUUUCCUAGGUUACGUAGAUAAACUGGGCGUGGCCUACGAGGCGCCCACAGUGGCCACUGGCUUCGGAGCAUACCUGGCUCAGCCUCUGAUGAGGGAGGUGGUCGAGAACAAGGUGGAGAUCAGCAAGCAGGAGGCGCGGGAGCUAGUGGAGCGCUGCCUCAAAGUGCUGUACUACAGAGACGCUCGCUCCUACAACCGGCAUGAGAUCGCCAUCGUGACGGAGGAAGGCGUGGAGAUCACCGGCCCGCUGUCCUCAGAGACCAACUGGGACAUCGCUCACAUGGUCAGUGGUUUUGAAUGAAGACGAGCUGCAUCAACAACAACUUCUGCAACUUAUCUUCCCCAGUUUAGUGUUUUCUCAUGUUCAUUGUAGCUUUUGUAUAAUGGAAAAUAAAUGUAUUAAAUCACAAAA